GGCAGCAGCAGCAAUUCAUACAUUAGCAUAUCCAUAUAUAUUCCAAAUCAACAAGAUGUACGGAACACAAUCUCACCAUGUAGAAGUGAACGUACCAGCCAGCAAGGCCUGGCAGCUCUGCCGCGGUACCGGAAUCUCCGUCCUCGGCGCCCAACACCUCGGCGAUCUUUUCGAAAAAGUCGAUGUCGUCGAGGGCAACGGGGGCCCUGGCACUGUUCUCAAGGUCACAUUCAAACCAGGGAAAGCUCCGGGCAACAUUACGUAUUUCAAGGAGAAAUUCACGGUUGUGGACGACGAGAAGCGAGUGAAGCAAACGGAUGUAUGUGAAGGAGGGUACCUGGAGUUAGGGUUCAACUACUUCCGCGUUCGAUUGGUAGUGAAGGAGAAGAGCGCCGAUUGCUGCGUCCUCAAUACCACGUUGGAGUAUGACGUGAAGGAAGAAUGCGCGGCCAAUGCUUCCUUGGUCAGCAUCCAGCCUUUCGUCAAGGCAAUGGAGUUCACGGUCGAUUAUCUGCUCAAACACAAGUGAUCAUCAUGACGUCGAUCUUGAGACCAGAAACUAAAUAUCUAGAAUAAAACAGAUCGCGGACCGAUCGAUGCUUGCUGGCUCUCUUAGGCAUCGUUUGAUUUCAAUCUAUCUCGCCGUCUUCUUCUUCCUUUGCGUGCGUUGUUACCUUCUCAAAUUUGAGACCAAUCCUUGUUCAGCUGCUGCCCGAGAGGCGGUGCUGCUUCUAUCAGUGCACCGACUUUUGUGAGUGUGUGCGUGUGUUAUAUGUGAGAAAGGAGAAAAU